UCUCCGGGGCCCGGGUCUCCCGCCGGAUCCGAGUCGCCGCCUCCUCCGCUGGCGGGGCCCUGGGCGGUGAGACGGGCGGUGACACCGGGAGCCGGGACACCACGGAGGCCCCCGGGGCGGGCAGGUUCAGAAAGUGGCAAUGGCCGCAGGAGCUCGGGGGCGCCGGACUGGGUCGCUCCAGGAGCCCUGAGAGCAGGCAGGAGGCAGAGGAGAAUAGAGGCGGGGACCCGAGGGCAGGGCGGCCAAGGCUGCAGAGGGGCGCGGAGGGGCGCGGAGGGCACUCAGGUUCUUCCCCUCCGGUCUUGUCUCGGGGUCCCCGCGCCCCGCCGCCAGCCUCGGUUCCCUCCUUCCGUAACAAGCGGGAUCGUGGCAACCGCGAAGCGAACCUGAGCCCCAAAGAACAGAGCGUCCCAGCCAGCCGCGACUCCGCGGGAGCCGGGCCGGGGGUUGGUGGGGCAGCUGUAGGUGGGCCUGGAGGGGCGACCAAGGCCACCUCGGCUCUUGCGGGGGAGAAACGCACGGCUCAGAGGGCUGGGACGAAGGACGAGCAGGAGCGGAGAGGGAGAGGGACGCGGGCGGGUGCGAGGAUCCCCCGCCGCCUGCGCUUCUGCUCGAAAGCCCAGGAGCCCGCAGCGCGGGGCCAGGAGCCCGCGCGUGUCUGCACCGGGGUUGAACUUUAACAGAAACGGCGGUCAGGCCAGUAGAACGAGUUCUGAAACUCUAAAAGGGUUUUCUGUGGCCCCCGGCCUUGCUGGGAAGGGUAAGUUAAGUGAGCUUGGAGACCGGCUGUGUGUAUCUUACAUCGAGGUAAAAAUCGCAAAGGGCAAGCUCCGCACAGCAGACGCUGCGGGGGUGCCAACCCCGUCUCCUCCUUUGCUUUAGAAAGUGAGCCGAGCCUUCCAGGGUCAGCGAGAAGUCUGCACACGUCACUGCAAACAGCCGGCCCCACCAAUUCCCUUCCCUUUCCCCUCCAAAGGACAAGGCCAGGCCUUCUCCUGUUUUGCAAUCCGCACACAAAGCGCUGGGGCAAGCCCGUCUUCCCACUGGGCAGGGCUCCCCGUGAGCAGGGCACCUCCACUCUGUGUGAGCCUCGCAGUGUCUGGCCCGGGGAGCAGAGGCUGCUGAACGCUGGUCCGGCUCAGUUAAUUGAAGUUCUGCCUCUCUUCUGCUAAACUUUCUCCCCAGCCUGCUCUGCCAGCCCCCUCGUCUGAUUACAUCUAGUAAUUCUCCACUGAAUGAACGUCACUUACAAUAGUGGGCAGCUCUGCGCCCGCCGCUGCUUCACGCUCCAUUUGUCCUCCAUUCUCGCUUUAAAGUACUCGUGUAAUAUUAAUAGUCAUGAAUAUCAAUUAUUAUGAGGCGGUGUAGGCUAGUGGAGGGAGGAAGGGGCGCCCGAGCAGUCUGAGCCCAGCUUCGGUUGGAAGAGGAGUUUAUCUGGAGCCCCAAAGGACGGCAGAAGGAAGCAGGCCCAAAAGACACCAAGAGAUAGAGGAGCGCUUCUGACUAUGUUAGUCCACACCUAUUCGUCCAUGGACCGACACGAUGGCGUCCCGAGUCACAGCUCAAGGCUCUCCCAGCUGGGCUCGGUGUCCCAAGGACCCUACUCGAGCGCCCCGCCGCUGUCCCACACUCCAUCAUCGGACUUCCAGCCACCCUACUUCCCGCCCCCCUACCAGCCGCUCCCCUACCACCAGAGCCAAGACCCCUACUCCCAUGUCAACGACCCCUACUCCCUGAAUCCACUGCACCAACCCCAGCAGCACCCCUGGGGGCAACGGCAGCGGCAAGAAGUGGGCUCAGAGGCCGGCUCCCUGCUCCCCCAGCCUCGGGCAGCCUUGCCUCAGCUCUCAGGCCUCGACCCCCGGAGGGACUACCACUCAGUUCGCCGGCCGGACGUGCUGCUGCACUCGGCCCACCAUGGCCUGGACGCAGGCAUGGGCGACAGCCUCUCCUUGCAUGGCCUCAGCCACCCCGGCAUGGAAGAUGUCCAGUCAGUUGAAGAUGCCAAUAACAGCGGCAUGAAUCUAUUGGACCAGUCUGUCAUUAAAAAAGGAAAGAAUUCAGCUCACUUUAAAGAGAAAAGCAGCUUCUUUGGGCCCAACUGCCCAGUUCCGGUCCCUCCCAAAUCUGUGACUUCUCUCAUGAUGAAUAAGGACGGCUUCUUGGGAGGCAUGUCGGUCAACACCGGUGAGGUAUUUUGCUCGGUCCCGGGCCGGCUGUCCCUGCUCAGUUCCACCUCAAAGUACAAAGUCACCGUGGGGGAGGUCCAGAGGCGGCUGUCGCCCCCGGAGUGCCUCAACGCGUCUCUCCUCGGCGGCGUGCUCAGAAGAGCCAAAUCGAAAAAUGGGGGGAGAUCUUUGCGAGAAAGGCUAGAAAAAAUCGGUUUGAAUUUACCCGCGGGCAGGCGCAAAGCAGCUAACGUCACGCUCCUCACCUCCCUGGUGGAAGGAGAAGCUGUCCACUUAGCCCGGGAUUUUGGGUACAUUUGUGAAACAGAGUUUCCAGCUAAAGCUGUCUCUGAGUAUUUGAACCGGCAGCACACAGAUCCCAGUGACCUGCACUCCCGAAAGAACAUGUUGCUGGCAACCAAGCAACUCUGUAAAGAAUUCACGGAUCUGCUGGCUCAGGACCGGACACCGAUCGGGAACAGCCGGCCCAGCCCCAUCCUGGAGCCCGGGAUCCAGAGCUGCCUCACGCACUUCAGCCUCAUCACGCACGGCUUCGGCGCUCCGGCCAUUUGCGCGGCACUCACAGCCCUGCAGAACUAUCUGACCGAGGCGCUGAAAGGCAUGGACAAGAUGUUCUUGAGCAGUACCGCCCCUAACAGGCACACAUCUGGGGAAGGCCCAGCUCUGCCCGCAUGGUUUAUGAGCUUCUUCAAAGAGGACUUGGGCUUUCUACACAAUCUAUAAGGUACUGAGAAAAAAAAAAUCCAAUCCUUUUUAAAUCAAAGCUUGCGUGUCAGGAUUCUGCAGGUGAACUUCUUUAAAGAAGCUCAAAGGGAAUAAUAUAGAAAGUAGCCAAUAUGAUGGAGGCAGUUUUGAGUCUACUUGCUACAUCCUCACCACCGGAACUCCAGUGGGGGUAGGGUCGUGAAAAGUGAAUUUAGGGGGAAAGGGUGGAAGUUCUUGAAAUUCUAUGUUCUACCAGUACUGCCCUCACUUAAAAUAGAUUCAGUUUCCCCAGGCUCUCCGUUGGUUACUGUUUUAAUGAGGUAGGGGCAGCUUUUCUAGGGAAGAGGGUGACACAGACUCUGGUGUUGCAGCCACAUCGGCUUCCUUACAAGAUGCGUUAUGAGUGGGGCACCUUCCCCACCCAGAUGUGCACUUAUUUUGGCAUGUAAUGGUAAAAGAAUGUGAAGUGAAAGGUGAUGCAGUUCAGCUUUGAAUUUUACCACAGGGACUAUUCCCAGAGGAUGAAGUUUCAUGCAUCUAAUAUGUUUCACUUCUGGCAGCCCAGGUCGUUCCUGGGACUCCAUCUUAGUGUUAUCAUGAAAUAAAAUCUAGAUUCCAUUGUCAGAGGCUCCCAAGAGCAGCAAGAAAUGCCCUAGGGUGGUGGUGGUGGGUGAAACAGGUUUCUAAAUUUAGUGUAGGUACAUGCACCUCUUUUAAACAAAGUAUGCAGGACCUCUGCAACAUCCCUUGCUGACAAUCCAGAUGUUGUUCCACAGAAUUUAUGGACAAGACCAACUUACGUCACCGGGUCUCUAACCCCCGUCCUGGGGUGAAAGGGAGGGUUGGGUUUUUGCAACCUGCCGAGAUCUACGAUGAGGGAAGGAGGAAAGGGGUAGAGAGCUGGUUUCAGGUGAUGAAGAAAGUGCCAGGAAGCUCCUUUCCUACCUUUAGCUCUACCUCAGGCUCGAGGGUGUGCAGGGCGCAGCCCUAGGCGUGUUCGGAGGAGUGCAGUGGCUGGGAACAGGGCCUUACGGGAAGUGUAGCUCCUCUCUCUUCCCAUUUGAGAAGCCUGAACCUUUGUCCGUUGGCCGGAACGCUUGUGUUAAAUGUGUUCGGAUUGCAUAGGGCCGGGAGGAAGCACACUGAAAACCAUCAUCUCCUUUCCUUGCAGGGCAACGCGCCCCACGCGUGUGACCUGCGAGAGACGCGAUGGACGCGCCUUGCUCUUACUGUGCAGGUCCCGAGAGCGGGGAGCCGCUCGAGCCCAGGAGUGUUGAGGACAUAGACUCAGCCACUGCGGGCCGCCGGCGGCGCUCUCGGUCUCACCCUAAGGGCUAAAGCGACCGAGAAAGCCCCGCGCUCCAUUAGGUAAAGGGGCCGCGCCCUGAGGGCUGCAAGCGGGAGGGUCCCAGGGCUGUGCCCAAGGGGCGCCCGCUCCCUCAGGAAGAGCGGCCUAGAAAUACGCAAGGAACCAGAAGCUUCCCCUUCUCCCGGUCAGAACGGAAAUGCUCUCCACGCUUGUGCUCCUUGGGGGUGGGGGAGAGUGGAAUGAGAACGGUCUCACUGGGCCACCAAGGCUCCCUUCUCGCCCUGGCCCGUGGGCCCCUUGCCCCGCCCCCGUCCGCGCGCACAGAGGGCCUCUGCACCCCUUCUCCUUUCAAGUAGGGUCCCUGCCCGCUUGCUUUCGUGGCAGCUAGGUCUACAUUUAUCUGAUAAUUGAGUUAUUAAAAGAUUUGGUUUCCUUGGGCUUUAUAAAUCAAUAAACAGUAAGAUUAACACAAGAGUUGCCUUUUAAGUCAAGAAAAAUGUUUAAGGAGAGACCCUUUGAGCUUUGUUUUCAAACCAAACAGGUAGGUUGUAACCCUCCCCCCCGCCCCCGUGUUGUAGACAUUCAGCUUUGCCCGCUUCCCCCUCCUAAAUGCUGGGUCCCAAACCACAGUAAGAUCUAAGGACAGACGGAAAGAGUGGAGAUGCCGCAGCGCUGCCCUCGAGCUGCCACUCUGCAAGGUUCUCUAGAGGUUCCACACGUCUCCAGGCCUGCGUCCGUCUGUCCCUCCUGCGUCCAGCUACCUGGAUGGCCUCAAGGCAAGAGCAAAGGCUGUUCUAAGCGAGCUUUCCAUCUGGAAGGUUCUCUAACUUCUCCACUACGUGGGAAGGAAUUUUCUCUCCUGCCCUCUUCCAAAUUCUCUUGCUUUUUCUUUCCUUGUUCCUGGGCUCCACAUCCUUAGCUUUCUCCACCCCCACCUAAAGGACUAAAGAGGCUUUCAAAGACUUGACUUUUGUUUUCUUUGGCCAAGGAAACCACUCUUUUCUCAAACAAUUAUUUCAUAUCCUAUGAAAACUUUGGUCCAACAGAAAACACGAAACUCUGAAUUUAUGUACUCAGUGAUCUUCCAGUACAACGCGUUCCUAGUUAAGAGUGUUCAUAGAACAUUUGUCAAAGCAGCUGAUUUCCUGUACUUCACAAUACAAUCUGUAGGAAGGAAAUGAUAACCCUAAACUAUCUGAUGUUGCCUCAACAGCCCAAAAGGGUUUUCCCUACUUUGAUGAUGUAUAUUACAUUAUUGGCAUAAAAAGAGAAAUACUGAAAUUAGUGGGUUUUUUUUUUUUUAACGAAAUGAACUCCAUCCUUCCUAAAACUCCAAAAUUCACUCCUCUUUUGGGUUGGUGUUUAAUUCACAAAUAUUGCUUUUGCCACACAAUCGAGAAAUAUCAAUCUAUCGCCUCUUCAUGAGAUGAGCUCUGGAGGCUAUCCAUGUUAAGUUUGUAUAUAUUUAUUUAUGCUUAAUUUAAUGGGAAUGUGUAAAUAUGGCGAGCAAGUAGUUUGGGAUUAUUUAUCUGUGAAUCUAUACCUCUGUGAAUGAGUGGUUAAAAAUAAAACCGCUUGACCCUAGGUAGAAUCCUAUCGGAACUUUUCUGUUCUUUAUAGACAAGCUGUUAUGGUACUGGGUAGAAAUCGGUUUAUUGUCCAGUGUUGAUCUGAUUUACAUAAAUAAAAAGAUUGUUGUGUU